AUGGCACUCAUUCAAACUAAUUGCCCCGAUCUCAAGUUCAUUGCUCGUGGCAAAGUCCGUGAUAUUUACGAAGUGGAUGAACACUCUUUACUCUUUGUUGCCACUGAUCGUAUCAGUGCAUUUGAUGUCAUUAUGAAGUCCGGUAUUGCCGGUAAAGGAAAGAUCCUGACUCAAAUUUCCGAAUUUUGGUUUGAACUGCUCAAAGAAACCAUUCCCAAUCAUACCAUCACUUGCAAUAUCGAUCAGAUGCCUGACAGCGUUCAAAAAUAUCGCGAUCAACUUCAAGGUCGCAGUAUGCUGGUUCGCAAGCUUCGUAUUCUUCCUGUUGAAGCCAUUGUUCGCGGCUAUAUUACUGGGUCGGCAAUGAGCGAAUACAAGACCAAGGGAACAGUUUGUGAUAUCUCACUUCCUAGUGGUCUUGUCGAGUCUCAACAGCUUCCAGAAAUUCUGUUUACGCCCAGUACCAAGGCUGAACUUGGCGAUCAUGAUGAAAACAUUCAUCCAGAUAAAUUGGCCGCCAUUAUUGGUGAUCGAUACUCGAAAGAAGUUGCUGCUGCUUCCCUCAAGAUAUACAAAAAGGCAAGCGAGUACGCACAAUCAAAAGGGAUCAUUAUUGCUGAUACCAAGGUCGAGUUUGGUGUAAAUGAAGCAGGAGAUUUAAUUCUUGCUGACGAAGUCCUUACUCCAGAUUCAUCCAGAUUCUGGCCAGCAAAAGAGUACAAGGCAGGAAAAAGUCAACCAAGCUUUGACAAGCAGUAUCUUCGCGACUAUCUAAGCUCCAUCAAUUUUGACAAAAAAAAUGGUGUAAAACUUCCACAAACUGUGAUGGACAACACUCUUUCCAAAUACAUUCAAGUGUACAAAACUCUCACUGGAAAAGAUCCCGUGUUAUAAAGGGUAAAAUCUAAACUCACCAAUACUUGUGUUUUGUAUAUGCAAGCAGAAUAAAAUGAAUGGCAUACAAAUAGUUUAAA